CAAAAAAGCUAAAAACAGCUUAUAAGCCAACUUAUAAGCCAAUCCAAACGGGCUCUUACUCUUGUUCUUACUGGUCUUCUCCAGUGGAGUAGUGAUGAUGAUGAUUUCAAGAAAUACAUGCUCACUCUGCUUCCCUAACUUGUACCCUGUGCUCUAUCAAUAACCUCAUUUGAGCACAACGUCAUCAAAUUUCCAUAUGUCUAAGCCCAUUGUGUAUCGUGUUAAAGUUCUUCGUACGAGAGCAGAGAGGCUUGAGCGGAAGCGGGCACAAAACUAUAAAGUGCACCCGGAGCGACUAUCUACAUUUGAAGAAUUGCUUAAUGAGAUUUAUACAGUUUGCCGCCCUAAACCAAGCGAUUAUGAAGUUAGGAGAGAUUUGGUUUCUGUUUUUAAUGAGAUAGCAAAGGAUAUAUACGGAUGUACUGGUAAUGUUCCUGUUGUGGAGGAGUUUGGAUCUUUCGUAAUGGAUCUAUUCCAUUCAAAGAGUGACCUAGAUCUAUCUAUUAAUUUUGACAACAAUUCAGUUAAAUUUUCACAUGAGAAGAAGAUUCAAACUCUCAGGAAAUUUGCAAGGAAGUUAUAUGCACUUCAAAGUUCUGGGCAUGUUUCUGGUGUUCAUCCAAUACCAGCUGCCAGAGUGCCCAUUCUGAAAGUUGUUGAUUGCGGAACGAAAAUUGAGUGCGAUAUGUCAGUUGAAAAUAGAGAUGGAGUUUCAAAGUCUAAGAUAAUCCACAUGAUCUGUUCACUCGAUGAAAGGUUUCAGAAGCUGAGCUUCUUGAUGAAAGCUUGGGCAAAAGCGCAGAAUAUUAAUAGCUCAAAAGACAAAACUUUGAACUCAUUAUCUGUAAUUCUUUUGGUUGCUUUUCAUUUGCAGACACGAAAUCCUCCAAUACUACCGCCAUUUUCUGCCAUAUUAGAAGAUGGUUCUGAUCCCGAUGCAGUGGCAAAGUCGUUGAAUAAGUUUGUGAACUAUGGGAAGAGGAACAAAGAGUCAGUGGCUGAGCUGCUAGUUACUCUAUUAAUCAAGUUAUUGUCGAUUGAGAAACUAUGGGCCAAAGGACUAUGUGCAAGCACCUAUGAGGCAUCUUGGCUAUCUAAAACAUGGGAUUCUAAAGUUUGCUGCAUCAGUGUUGAAGAUUUCACUGACCGGUCUCAAAAUGUCGCAAGGGCUGUUGGGAAAGGAGAAGUAAAACGGAUAUACAAGUGUAUCCAGCGUUCUAGCGAAUACAUUUCUGCUUUUAUGGAUGGCCAUGUUGAAGUACCCACGUUAAGAUAUCAAUUGUUUGGCCAUGCUGCUCCAUUUCAAGACGGUUCUCAGACAGGAAACAUUAAAGAAGAUGGGAAUAUAAUCACUCUUCCUUGUGGAGAUAUCAAGAAUAAGGAGGAUCAAAGUAAAGAAGGCCAGAAAGGAAGUCAGUUGGCUACACCUUCUGAACCAAUCGCGACUAAAAAGAAAUGGUCUACCAAAGGUUGGGAAGGAUUAACUUCAGCGAGUUGUGGACGGUCAAAGGAGGACGGUGCACCAUCUGACUCUUCCGGGACAAAAAGAAAAUGGUCUACCGAAGGUUGGGAACAGUCAAAGGAGGAUGGUUUACCACUUGACUCUCCCUGGACAAAAAGAAACUGUUCUACCGAAGGUUGGGGAAAAGUAUCUUCAGCCAAUUGGGGACAGUCAAAGGAGGACGGUAUACCACUCAACUCUUCCUGGACAAAAGGAAAAUGGUCUACUGACGGUUGGGGAAAAGUAUCUUCAGCAAAUUGGGGACAGUCAAAGGGGGACGGUGUACCACCCGACUCUCUCUGGACAAAAAGAAAAAGAUCAGAAGAAACCCCGAGAGGGACUUCUUCUGCUCAAUGUUUUAGAAAAUCAGACACAAAAAGUUGGCUCAAAAGAAAGGAUAACAAUAACUGUGCACCCAAGGCUAAGUGGUCAACCAUGCAAAAAGGAGGUUGGGGAGGAAGCUGAAUGAACCAUUUGAUUUGAUGCUUUGGCUUCCGGUUGAGUGAAUCACUAGCGUUGCCCGGGUUAUCAAUAAUAUCAUCUUCUUUGUUCUCUUCUCAUAGAUGUGCCAGAAGGAGUAUUUUGCGGGUAUCACCAUCUGCAAAUCAAGUUUUACAUUCUUGCUAGGAUUUAGGAGUAUCUUGUAUGCUCGUUAACCUCAUGUUUUUGUACUGGUUUGUUAGGACAUUUUGUACAUAUUUGUGGACUUAGCAAUGACCUAACAAGAUGGAAUAUCAACUGCUCAAUGUACAUUAAUUUUAUGCACCUUAAGAACAUCAAGGACUUGAAGGAAAAUGCAUUUGUUGGCAAAGUGAAGAAAAUAUACACUUAGUAUAAUACAUUUGGUUCAAGAGAA